GUCUCGGGGACGGCUGCGCUCAUGUCAUAGGCUGGUUUGGCUUCACGGCGAGCUCUUAAAAGCGUCUCUUGGGAACAAUGUUGGGUUGGCCUCUCGACCACAUCGAUUCUCCCACACGUCUACCACCUGGUAUGCUUUUCUGAAAGUGUUGGUGGGUUUUGGAUCUCGAUCUCUGAAGGAACGCGUGAGGAUUUUUGUUGGUUUCCGUUUGGGGCUUGCAAUGGAGGAAUGGAGGCGCUUAUUGAAGUAGAUCUAGGGUUUUAGAUGAGACGAUCGCGCCAUGGCGAUGCGGGGGGUCGAUUUCAAGUGGUACGAUGGGUUCUUCUUGUCCAUGCUGGCCACGAGCGUAAUAAUUGUCUCGAUCAACUGGAAGCGCUACCAUCUAUGCACACAUCCCUUGCACAUAUGGAUUGUGGUUGACUAUACCACUGUCUUCAUAUUUCGGCUGCUAAUGUUUGUGGACAAUGGACUUGCAGCAGGAAUGGGUUUAGAUCUUGGAUCACAACAAAGAUAUGCUCGUUUUUGUGGGAGAGUGGUGGUCCUUUCAGUCCUCAUUCUACUUCUUUAUCCUUUUCUCUGGGUUUGGACAGUGAUUGGCACAUUGUGGUUCACUAGUUCAAGAAGCUGCUUACCAGAGGAAGGCCAAAAAUGGGGCUUUCUUAUUUGGUUGCUCUUCAGCUAUUGUGGGCUAGUAUGCAUAGCAUGUAUGUCUGCAGGGAAGUGGCUGACACGAAGACAUGCCCACCUACUGCGUGCACAACAAGGAAUUCCAAUAUCAGAAUAUGGGGUUCUGGUUGACAUGAUACGUGUGCCUGAUUGGGCAUUUGAAGCUGCUGGUCAGGAAAUGAGAGGAAUGGGCCAAGAUACUGCAUAUCAUCCAGGACUUUAUUUGACAGCAGCCCAGAGAGAAGCAGUGGAGGCACUUAUUCAAGAACUUCCAAAGUUUCGGUUGAAGGGUGUCCCAACUGACUGCAGUGAAUGUCCUAUCUGCCUUGAAGAAUUUCGAGUUGGAAAUGAGGUCCGAGGCCUGCCUUGUGCUCACAACUUCCAUGUCGAGUGCAUCGACCAGUGGUUGCGGUUGAAUGUGAAGUGCCCCAGAUGCCGGUGCUCUGUGUUUCCCAACCUUGACCUGAGUGCACUCUCCAACCUCCAAGCGGAUUCAGAGCGCCCUUCUCCCAGCGAAGUGACAACAGCCACUCGGUAUGUGCGAUCCCAACCUGCAGGUCAGAGUUAUCUCCUGCGGCUGCAGGGGCUGCUUCGCCCGGUACGGGGUGAGAACGCUGGUGGUGGCAGCAGUGUUGACAGUUUCGGGGACGUUGAGAGUGGAGUGCACAUGGUCGUCUCUCAGGUUCCUCCAAAUAUAAUCGUCCCAGUCGUGUCCUGCAACGUCGAACGAGUACCGAGUACCUGAUCGUGAGUAACAUUUUUAUUUAUUUAUUUUUGGAUAUAAACUUAGGAUGUCGAUUUUUCUUAGCUCCUGAAUCAAAGGACCUUUUGUGGUUUUUCAUCAGACUCUCCCGUGUGUUCCUCUAGUGUUGAGCGCAGCACAGAGAGGCCACUCACGAGUUUAGAAGCAACAUUAAUGCAAGCUUUUAUCAUGUAACGCACAAAGUCUACUUCAAUGGCCUUAUGAGUUCCGUGUGAUUUUUCAGUA